ACGCAGCCGCUCCGCUUCGCCUUCGCUAGACUGGCCUCGCGUCUUUUUUUACUCCCUCUCUCACCCUCCCUCUCUCCCUCUGUAACUCUCUCUCUCUCUCUGUCUCUCUCUCUCUCCCUCUCUCUCUCUCUCUCUCUCUCUCUCUCUAAUCUCACCUACUCCUCGUUACGCCCGCCGGUGGGAGUAAAAACAGAAGAAGAAGAAGAAGAAAAAGAAGAAGAGAGAAGGAGCUGCAGGAGGAUCCGUGUUUCAGAGGAGAGCGAUCCAGAUAGUUUUUCUUCUGAUAUCUGGUCGAUGGAUUUAUCACUGACAAUACAACUAUAUUUUAGCUAGAGAAUCGACUGAAGCAUGGGUGACUGGAGCUUUCUAGGGCGGCUGCUGGAGAAUGCUCAAGAACACUCCACUGUGAUUGGAAAGGUUUGGCUUACCGUCCUCUUCAUCUUCCGCAUCUUGGUUCUGGGCGCAGCAGCCGAAGAGGUUUGGGGCGACGAGCAGUCGGACUUUACUUGUAACACGCAGCAGCCCGGUUGCGAGAACGUCUGCUAUGACGAGGCCUUCCCCAUCUCCCACAUUCGCUUUUGGGUGCUGCAGAUCAUCUUUGUCUCCACGCCCACCCUCAUCUACCUGGGUCAUGUGUUGCACAUAGUCCGCAUGGAGGAGAAGAGGAGGGAGAGGGAGGAGGAGCUCAGAAAGGCCGGACGGCACCAGGAAGACCACGACCCGCUCUAUCACAAUGGAGUCGGUGAUGGAGGAGGAGGUGGUGGGAAGAAAGAGAAGCCGCCUAUUCGCGAUGAGCACGGGAAGAUCCGUAUCCGCGGAGCAUUACUGAGGACCUACAUCUUCAACAUCAUCUUCAAGACUCUGUUUGAGGUGGGCUUCAUCCUGGGACAGUACUUCCUCUACGGCUUCCACCUGAGGCCGCUCUAUAAAUGUGGCCGCUGGCCCUGCCCCAAUACGGUGGACUGCUUCAUCUCCAGGCCCACUGAAAAGACAAUCUUCAUUAUCUUCAUGCUGGUGGUUGCCUGCGUGUCUCUGGCCCUCAACCUGCUGGAGAUCUACCACCUGGGCUGGAAGAAGGUCAAGCAGGGGGUCAGCAGUGAGUCCAUCCCGGAGCAGACGUCUCCCACGGUUCUCGACCGUUUGCCGACUUACGCCUGCGUGAACGUGAUAGGGGGUGGAGCAGUGGAGGGCAGGGCCUACAGUCCAGCCGAAGCCUCCCCUGCAGUGGUCUCUGUGCCCGCUCAACUAAAGAUGGACGAGUUCCACCCAGACGACUUCCUGUUGGAGGCCCUGCCCACUUCCUUUUAUGGUGAGAGAGGGAGUGCCGGGGGCCGCAGUCAGCUGAUGGAGAUGGAGCAGAACUGGAGCAACAUGGCGCUGGAGAUCCACAAUCUGGAAGGACAAAACUCCUCCUCCUACCCUCCUCAUCUGCCCUCUCUUCCCACCACCUCCAACUCCUCUCGUCACGAGGAGAGCACCCCGCCACUUCCAGAUGGGGAGGAACACUCUGAGUUUCCUACACUUCCUCGCCACACCCCUCUCUCCCCCCUCGCACCGGAGGAGGUGGUGGAUAAAGAAACUACAUCGCCUGAAAUGGUCCCACAUGACGACUACACCGUGGUAACCAGGGCAGAGAUGCACCAGCCUCCUGCUUCUCCCGCGACAAACAUCCGGAAGCCGAGUCGGGCCUUCAGGAGUUGCGGCGUCCGAGCUCGCCCCGACGACCUGGCAGUGUAGCUAACACACAUACA